CCAAGUCGAUGAAGAUGUGAAAGUAUCAAGUGGGUUUUGGUAGAAAGUUGUGAACAAUGUAUGAAGAUGCUGCCACUUGUGUCAGGACACGCCAAGGAUCAGCUUUGCGGAAUUAUCUUGUGCUUUAGUCAUUGAUGAACUCAGAAUCACAGAAAAUACUUGUUUUUUUUUUUUUUUAAAUGAUCAUUUUUGUGCUGAAACCCAAUCAUAGGUUAACUAGGAGUAGGAGAAAUGGAGGACCGCCUUUCAAGUGUAGUGCUAGCACCAAAAUAGAAUAUAUAUACAUUGUAAUUUAGCAAAUGUAAUGCUAUGUGAGUGAAUUGGAUUAAAUUAGAUGUGGUAGAAGUUCUGCAAAGUGAUUUCUUAUGCAUGUUGGUUAUCUUACGCAAAGGAAUGGGAUGAAAAAGGAUGAUUGUAUGAGUAAGGAGAGAAGUCCAAAGGGUGUCCUAUGUGAUCAUAAUCCUUCCUAGUUUGAAGGAGAAGUAUACAAGACUGAAAUUUGGCUGUCUAUGAUAUAUGGCAAUGAAUGUUUGGCAGUGAAUAACUAACAAGACUAUAAAAUGAUUGUGAUAAAGAUGUGGAUGACAAAUGAAUGUGGGAAAUAUGAGAAAGGAUUGGAUUAAAAAUUAUUGCAUUUUAGGAGAGUGAAAGUUCUGCCUAUGGAGAAUAAGUUGAGGAAGGGGGUUGUUUGACAUGGUUUUGGUCAUAUCUCACGUAGAACAACAGAUGCACCGGUACAAAAAAUUGGGCAUGUCCAGGAUAAGAGGAUUGAACAACACUUGAGAAGACUGAGGAUGACCUGGGCUAAAGUAGUUGAGAAGAAAUGAACAUGGUUAAAUCUUUUUGAAAUAUGGUCCUAAACCAAGUAGAAUUGAGGAAAAAAGUUAUUUAUACAGCUGACCCAACUUGAUUGGAAUCGAGGCUGCAUUGAGUUAUGUCAGAACAUAUUGAGGGUGCCAUUCUUUACCUAGAUUCUGGAUGCACAGAGAGUUUCCAAUUUGCUGGAGGUUUUCCUAUAUUAUUAGACCUUGGAGUUCGGGCUGUUUGUAGCCUAGAAAACCUGUGUUCUCUUGAUGUGGUGAUUAAUUGGAAUGCAAAUUCUGAUCCUGCAACUAAAAUUGUUGUUAUCACAUCUCGUCUACUCAGCGAUGCACAUCGGUAUAUCUUACGUUGCCUAAGCACACAUCAAUGUGUUCAACGUUUUACAGUAUACACAUCUAUCUCAGAGAUAGUUCAUUCAGCAUAUCCUGAUUCACCUCUGGGACCUGAUGCAUUCCGUGAAUAUGAAUCCUUGCUUCUUCAAGAUUAUGAGGAGCUCAUUAAGAAACGUGGGACAAAAUCUGGACUCUCAAAAGAUUAUGACUUCCAAGAAAAUACAAACUUUGAAGAUGAAGGGUGGUCACAUCUCACAUCCAGUGAGGAGGAAGUCCCUCACCUUGGAGCUGCUUCAAGUGCAAAAAUUUUUUCUGGAGAUGAUGAGUACAUGGAAGAUGCAGGGCAAAAGUUGGUUGUUUCAGUGCAUCACUUCCCCAUGAUUUUUUGUCCCUUGUCACCUAGAGUAUUUGUCUUGCCUUCAGAGGGUUCAGUUGCUGAAGCAUGCUUAUCAAUUGAACAUGAGGAUUCAAUUAGUCUGGGAUUGCCUCCCAUAAGUUCUGGAGUGCCUCCUGAUGGCGAUGAUGUCCCACCUGGGGCACUUCUCACUGCACAUUUUCUUUACCAUCUAGCUGCGAAGAUGGACCUGAAAACGGAAAUAUAUUCCCUUGGUGAUUUGUCAAAAACUGUUGGAAAAAUUAUGACAGACAUGUCAAGUCUUUAUGAUGUAGGCCGCCGUAAACGUUCUGCUGGGCUUUUACUCAUUGAUCGCACCCUUGAUCUCCUUACUCCAUGCUGUCAUGGGGAUUCGCUCGUUGAUCGCAUGUUUUCAUCUUUGCCCCGAAGAGAAAGAACAACAUCUUAUUCCCACAUGAAAGGCUCACAAACCCAAGUCAAACUUGGUCCUUCUAUCCUAGAACGUGCUUCUCUUAAUGUUCAGAUACCACUUGCCAAAAUAUUAAGAGGAGAUUCUGAAACAAAUAAUUCUUCCCUUUUAGAAAGGAUUGAAGCUUUUCUAGCAGGGUGGGAUGACAGUAGCUCUGCUCCUCAAAGUAUAAACUUGGUUAAUCUCUGCAAUAAAGCUCAGGAUGAAAAGUCUACUCCAUCUGAGGUUCAGUUGCUUAAUGGGUCCUUAGUUUCUACAGAAACUUUUCGUGGAACACCAUAUAUGGAAGCUAUAUUUGACAGAAGAACAAAAGAUGGGGCAUUACUGGUAAGGAAGUGGCUUCAAGAAACUUUGCGCCGGGAAAAUAUUGCCAUUAAUGUGAAAACUCGCCCUGGUUUUGCUACAAAAUCAGAGUUGAAACCCAUGAUUGAAACAUUAGCUAAAAGCCAAUCCUCAUCACUCAGAAACAAAGGAAUUAUUCAGUUAGCAGCAGCUGUACUAGUUGCCCUUGAUGAAUCACAUUGUGCAAGAUGGGAUGCAUUGACUAGUGCUGAGAAAAUAUUGAGCGCAAGUGCUGGAGAUACAAGCCAAAGUCUUGCUGCUCAAAUUAGUGACCUUAUCCAUAAGAGUACAUUGUCGGCAUCCAGUGGACAGAAAAGCAAAACUGAACCAUUGCAAACGUUACUUUCAUUUCAAGAUGCUCUGUUCCUUAUGAUUGUUGGAUAUAUUUUAGCUGGUGAGAAUUUCCCUACCUCUGGCUUGGGUGGGCCUUUUUCCUGGGAAGAGGAGCAUUUUCUGAAAGAAGCAGUUCUGGAUGCAAUCCUUGAAAAUGCAUCAGCAUCAAAGCUCAAGUUUCUCCAUGGUCUAACAGAAGAGCUCGAGGCCAACUUCAACAGAAAAAAAUUGGAAGAAACUAAAGAAACAUCACCAGAUACAUUAGAAAUUGAUGAUUUUGAUGAUGAUCAGUGGGGCAAAUGGGGUGAUGAAGAAGAAGAUGAUGAUGAUAAGAAUAGAAAGGAAAAACAAUAUGGUGACAUGCAGCUGAGGCUGGAGUUGCGUGAUAGGGUGGAUAGCCUUUUCAAAUAUCUUCAUAAGUUAUCUUCUCUGAAGAGGAGGAACGCACCAUUGAGAGAAGGGACAUUCUAUUUGGAAAGCAACUUAGGUGGUGAUCCUGACUCAAAUAAGGGUUUACUCUAUAAGAUUCUAAGAAGCGUGUUGAGCAAAAAUGAUGUACCUGGGUUGGAGUACCAUUCCUCUACUGUGGGGCGACUUUUUAAAAGUGGCUUUGGAAGAUUUGGUCUUGGACAGGCAAAACCAAGUCUUGCGGACCAAAAUGUCAUAUUGGUUUUUAUCGUUGGAGGCAUCAAUGGCACUGAGGUACGCGAAGCUUGGGAAGCAAUAUCUGAAAGCGGAAGGCCAGACUUAGAAUUGAUCGUUGGCGGAACAACACUUCUAACUCCUGACAAUAUGUUUGAUUUACUAAUGGGAAAAUAUAGUUGCUUGUGAUUAUGUACUUAGAAAAUAAAGACAAAAUAUCAUUCAUUAACAUUAUCAUUUGGGUC